AUGCAGCGCGUGGUUGUGGGGCUCUCGGCGUCUACAGAGGACGAGGUCGAGGACUGGAGUAGCGACUUCCUGGCCGCCGCACCUCGGACGCGUUGGAGACGACAGGACAGCGUCGGCGCCGAAUACUUGCUGGCUGAUACGCUGUACAAACAUCGGAGUAGCAGCAGCUCCAAUGGCGUCGCUCGACGCGGCAGCGAAGUGGGCGCGUCUAGUGGCAGUAGUGGCCACGUCGAAGACGACGAUAGAGGUCUGUACAGCUCCUACUCUGACAGCGACGAGGACUGGGACGCCGAGUUCGGCUUCGAUGAGCAGACCGACGCCGCUCUGGGAUCCUCCGACAGCAUGGACCCGACCAGGAGACGAGCGGAGAAUGGCAAUUUCUUUCUACCGAAUCUACACGAAGUGCUGGACGGCGAGACUUUGCCCGACGACGACGAGAUGGACGACGGCGUUUCCUUCAGCUUAGACGGAGCACAGCGACGGCAACGCAGACCGUCAGAGGAGCCGCUUUUCCAACGAAGACGCAGCGAUUUCCACCAGUCAGGAGCGAGUGUUGACGGCAGUGUGGACGGAAUCAGGUCCAGUCUGACGUCAGCAUCAGCGUCGUCGUCCAAUGCCGUGGAGUACGCGCUAGUGGACAAGCUGAGACUCUUAGAAGUGGCCAACUCGUCCGCGUAUGCUGUCCGGAUAGAGCGGUAUCCCAAGCCGUCGAGCACACUUAGUCACUUGGAGCGAGAUCGCACCAACUUCCCCAGUUUCACCGAGAACAAGUAUGAGCGAUGGCUGGCGGAUCUGGUGGUGCCAGACUGCGCCAUUGUGUCGCAUCACAUGGAGGCGGAGCGCAACCGCUUACCGCCUCCCAGACAGCUCAAGAACCAGCAGUUCCACGCUCUUGUGUCGCUUCCGUUCGGCCGGGAGUUUGUGGAUACUUUCUUCAAGCAGAUCACACAUAACCGGUUUUUCGGAGAAGAUAAGGAGAAUCGAGAGCUGGUGAGGAUGUACUUUGAGAAGGUCUCGACCACAGGCAUGACGGACGAGAACUGGGCCCAGAAUCUGUCGCCUGUGGACUUGGACUACGUGGUGGGAUGCAGCGUCGAGAUCCUGCAGGAAGCAGCUCGUCUGUACGGCCCCAAGCCGGUCGUGCCGCUUGCCACGCAUCUGUCCUUGUCGAUGCUGUCCACGUCGUCGUCAGCGUCAUCUCAAGGCAACAAGACUACUAUUUAUUGGAUCCAGCAGUUCCAGGACAUCCUACUGCAUUGCGCAGAGGCUUUCCCGCAGUAUUCGAACGUCAUUGCGCUCAUUGAGCUGCGAUACGUUUGUCAUCACUUGGCAGGCUUUGCGAGUGGCGAGUACGAGUACAAGUGGCAGAUUUGCAACCAGCUUCCGGCCUUCUUGCCGCUUGAGCCAGUGAUGGGCGACUCGGCGUCUCAGAUCGUCAACGAAGUGCUGCAGUACUACGGCGCGCUGUUCCAACACUUAAACACCAGUCCGGAAAGUCGCAGUAAUCGAUACACGGGACACAAAGCCAGUGGUGACAAGAGGGGCGUGUUAGUGGAUGAGACGCGGCAGUACGCUCUCUCUUCGGACGUGUUCUGUCUUCAGGCGCUCAUUAUGUGCGAUAUCCAGAGCUUGUACGACAGCAAGAGUGCGCUGGCUGACAUCUCUCUCCCUGCGCUUGAGGAGCUGUUGGAGUUUGAAGACGACGAGGCCACGGUGGACCCAAUUCUCGUAGGGUUAAUGCCUCACAACCGGGACAGCAGGAGCAGCUCCUCCUCGUCCAAUCCGGAUCAUCGCGACAGUGGUUAUGAACGUGGUGAUCACGCGAAAGGACUGGGAGGCUGGAGUGCGAGUGCGAAGCUGUUUGAGCUGUUAAGGCCUUCGUCUCGCAGUCGCAACUCGGCGUUGAGCUUCUUCUACGAAAGGAUACCAGCGGGAAAGUUCCAGCUGGUUAAAGCCAAGUGCGCGUGUGUUCUGGCUGCAAUGCACGUGUCCACUACCACGUCUCAUGGCAACCUCCGAGUGGCGGAAUCUCUGGCUUAUGAAGCUCUACGAUUAUUAGAGUCGUGCUCGAAGAAAGCGGUGGCCAAACUGUCCAAGAUGCCGUCUCUACGCAGCCGAGACAAGACAGUACCAGUACCAUAUCUGAGCAUAUUUAACAACGACGGACUGCUGUCAGACUUAGGUCGCGAGGCCCUUGAGUGUCUGGGCAACAUAUUGAUCAAGAACAGCAAGUAUCGCUACGGUAUUUUGUGUCUGGAAGCUGCUGGCGCUAUCUUCACGUUCCUGAACCAAGGCUGCGAGUACGAAAAGCUGGAUCGACUACUCUGUAAGCUCACAUUGGAGGCCGACGAUGUGCAUCGAGCUCUUCCCUUACACGAGAAGGUGACGUGUGCAGCUCAGCGACAAGGCAACAUCACGGUGUAUGUGUAUUUAACACAGGAGAUGACCAAGUUGUGGAUUCGAGAGGGAAACUUCACGCGUGCUGAGGAGUAUCUGGCAACUGCGUGUCAUUUUCUACGAGAUCACACGAACUUGCUGCCUCCGCACUUCUUGUCGUCUGUUAUCAAUGGAAGUUACUCCAGCAGUGAGGCUCCGUCCAGUCGUAGCGGGACGAUGAUGACUGCAACGUCCAGCUCAGUGUCGUCUUCGCUGUCGGGAUCGUUCCAUCUCUCGUCACGCAGUACUGGGAACGCGGGUGAGGUGGAUACGUGGCUGAAUCACGACAUCAACUUGCACCUGUUGGUCCGAGACGUGUAUCGUUCCAGCGGUCGAUGUUUGGAAGGCAUGCGUGUACUGGAACAUCUCUUGAACUACAGCUCCCGACUGCCUCGUGGGAAGCGCACGCAGCUGAGAAUGCUGCUGGCUGAAGACGCUCUCAAGAUGCGGGUGUUCGACACGUGUCGGCACAUGUUUUCGCUGAUGGAGAGAGAAGCCACCGCUUUUUGCGAUCGUCUGCAAGAGAACAUCAAAGGGUUCAGUGGACCCGGCAGUAGCAGUGGCACUGGACCUGGAACUAGCAGCAGUGGGGGCGGCCGAAGUCUGGGAGGUAUGGGCAGUGAGGCUCGCUACUGCUUCGACAUGUCGUUUACACUCCGCUACAUCAUGUGCCGCGUCAAGAUGUAUCUCAAGCUCAAGGAUUUCGGCAAUGCGUAUGCUUGGCUCUCAUUGGCCCACGUCAAGAACGAUCGCGAUAAUGUUCGUAAGCAAGCGCAGCUGUAUGUUCUGGACGGGAAAUUGCUGCGUGCUUUCUGUCGAGAACAGCAGGAGCGCGAGUGGGAAAUGCGACGUGACGGCGAAGAGCCGACUCGACGAGGACGUACGGGCUCCACGUUUGUCGGGAGUGUCGUGUCUCCUGCGCAAGUGGAGGAAAUGCUGAAGCCUCUGGGCGUCUCGCUGUACGGCUUGAACAAGGACGAGAAGCAGCGUCUGAACGAGCGGAUUGUCCAGUUUGCUACGUGUGUUCGCGACGUCGACAAGGCGGAGGAACAGGCGCAAAACGCCUUCUGGACAGCGUUUGAUCUGUAUCGUGUGCUGGACGAUAGUCUGUACCAACUCAAGGUGUUGCUGGAGAUCGUGUCCUUCAUGCUGGCGCCGAUUCAGCGCUCGUUCUUCGCUCUCGGUAGCAACCAGGACGACGAGAUGCUCAAGUCUCAUCUGCAUCGUCGAAGCUCGGGCAAAGAAUCGUCAGGAGCGUUGGAGCUGGAGGAUUUAGGCGGCGACGACACGAUCGAGAAGACACGGAAGACGCUGCUAGAAGCGCAGAAGUUGCUGCGUCCGGCGUUGAACUUGGCCGAACAAGUGGCGAGUCCUGCGUGUUUCCUUCAGACGCUGAUCUUCUGCAGUGAAGUGUGGGUCUGGCUGGAGCGCAUCGCGUCGUACAAGAGCGAGAAGCAUCUGAAAGAAGCCACAGCGUUCUGGGAAGAGGCUGUGCGUGUCAUGAAGGGCGUCUUCUUCCGUCGGGUGGCGUUCCACGACGUCGCAGAUGCGCAAAUGUUACACUCGUCAGGCUUUGGCAAUGACUUCUCGAUGCCUUUCCCCCGUGGACUCAACAAAGGACGCUUUUGCGUGGUGCCGAUCUUGAACUUCAGCGAAGGAUUCAUCGUCAAACUGGAAGCCAUGACGCUCCAGCUCAUCCUUGCCGCUUGUCAACUCCAGCAGUUUGAGCGUGUACCAGAGUAUGUGGAAGAAACGUUGCUGGCUCAUCUGGAUGAGCUGUUGAGUGCGCGUAUGUGUCUAAGUAGUAUCGUGUACCAGCUGCAGACGUUCCGAGCUCUUCAGAGAUCUCACAAGCGACUGCCUCCGACUGGGUCGACGUCGAAUCUCGCAGCUGCUGCGAUGCCCUCAGGCUCGAGUGUCUCGGUCUCCAGUGUGGGCAGUAACAACUCGAGGUCGUCUUCUUUUUCUGCGGUGAUCCCAGUGCCGUCGCCGCAAAUGAGUGCAAGUAGCAAGCAGGUGGUGUCCACGCCGUCUCCCAGUGGCGCGGGUGUGGCAGGGAAGCGAGCCGGACACAAGAAGAACCAGUCCAUGUCGUCGAUCUCCGAGCUGCUGGCGUCCAAUCCAUAUCAAGAAGGUGCGGCGUCAUACGGCGCUCCAGGUGGAAUCAAGAGCUCCGCGACGCCUCGAACAGGUCUUGCGUCUUUGAGCGAGCGGCCUAAUGUCCCUCCUCCGUCCACGACGACGGGAAAGUCUGGAGCUACUGCUCAUAUUGGGCAUACGUCGAAGAAGAGCAGCGAACGGAAGCCACGCCGGUAUACACGUGAGAGAUCACGCUCAGCUCCGCAGCCAGCAGUGCCCAAUUACCCUAUGCCAGUGCUAGCAGAGUCCGGAGAGAGCAGCGAUGGCUCCUUGAAGCGCACGUCGUCUGUCAAGUUCAUUGAUCUGGGAGAUCUCCGGUCGUUGCCCCCUGGAGAAGACUUUGUUCUGGGCAGAAGCGACGGGUUCGGACGUGACGAAGGCAGCAGCUCCAACGGAGCAAUCGGCUUGUGUGAUUUCGACGAAGUGCAGUCUGAGAAGCUCUGGUGGAUUUUCAACUUGUGGCGCAAUGCCAAGUCCAAGUACGUGGAGGGGAAGAUCGAGACGUCCGAGUUCCGGUCGUGCAACUUGCGCUAUCUACGGACACUUCUGGACGCGUUUGACCCGCAGCAGAUCGCUGUACUUUACUUCGGAGGACCAGAGAGCGCGUCAACCGACUCGGCCGUAACGCCAGGCGGGACACGAGUUCCAUCCGAUGUGAACACUGGCAAUCCCAACGGGAUGCUGGACUUUGACGUCUCUCGUAUGAACUCCCACGCGUUGAUCCAAGAUCGACAACUGGUGUUAUCGAUUGGCUACGAGUACUCCGCGGAAGUGCGAACCCCGUUCGGGACGCAUCCGAAGCUUCAGUUCAAGGUGUUUGGUGUCCGUGAGGGCGACACACGAGCGUGGCGUCAGGAGAUCCCACGGCCAGAAUGGUAUUUGUCCGAGUACGACAUGUUGGAGGCUGAAGACGCUGCAGUCGGCGCCGGAGUUCUACGCUCGAUGCGCUUACUUGGAGCUAAGCUCUUAGUGAAGUUGUUGGGAGUCUUGUUGUUGGAGAAUUCCGUUGUAGUCGUGGGGAACUCGUACCCGCAGAUCCAGGAAGUGACCACGAGUCUGCUGAAGCUGCUGGAGCCGUUCCGGUGGCAACACACGUUCCUGCCGUUCGUCCCCGUGACGUCUUGGAGACUCCUCCACGACGCAGUGUACCAGCAUGCGCAGGCGGAGCUGGCGGCUCGACCGAAGAGCCGCAGGUCGUUCUCUAGACUGUCGCAUGAUUGGCGGGCAUGGAGCAGUGGCAGUGGCAGCUCAACGGGAAGCUCGUACUCUUCGUCACGUGGCAGCACUGACAAGCCGCCGUUUUUGCUUGGCGCUACAGCUGAUACGUGGCACAGCUGCUUGGCGUUCUCCAAGAAAUGUGGCAACGAUCCUCGCUUGCUGUCGUCGUGUGUGGUCGUGGUGGAUCUGGACGACGUGGACUCGUUAGCGACCGACAAGACGUUCCGGAAUGCCGUGCCGUUGCCCAAGAAGUGGCGACGGCAGUUCCUGGAGCGCAUUGAGAAAAUCACGAGACAACGACUUAAGAUGCGCACGAAAAUGGGUCGCAGACACUCGUCGCAGCAGCUGGUUUCGAGUCGUGGACCCACGACGCCGGCUUCGGUCUCGGGUGCGUCGUCGAUGCGGUCUCCUGUGGGGGCGUAUCCUUCCGUGGACGUGACGCUGCGUAGCUUCGACGAUGCGCACAGCACGAGUCGAUCGGGAUCCAGUUGGAUGAUGACACCCGCUUCAGCCAGUAACGUGUCUGACCCAGACAGCAACUACCAAGGUGUGCAGUCGUCGGACCCCAAUGGACUAGACGAGAGGAAACACUACGACUCCGAGUGUGCGGCUGCGCUUGUGAGUGGACUGCGUGAGCUCUACGACAAGUUGCUGGUGUUGUGUGCUGAAAAAGAACGCAAGGCGAAGGGAAGCAAGAAGAAGAAGAGCUCGAGCAGUAGUGGCCACUCCAAGCGACAGGAGAUCAAGUCGUGGUUCUCGUCUUCUCACGACUUUGACGCGUUCGUGGACAAUUUCCAGAACACGGAUCUGCUCGAGGUGUUCGAGAAGGAGAAGGCGGCGGCACAGGAGGAAGCCCAAGCUCAGGCUCGAGCGACGCUUGAGCGUCAGUCCAGUGAACACGAGGUCAGCUCCACGAGCAGCGGAAGGAGUACGCGGUUCGGUACAACUCCGAAGGCGAUCGUCAACUCUUUCACGCCGCAGCAACUCAAGAGUUUGGGCAGCUUCAGCAGUUUGACGGCCAGUAAUCGAAGCUCCGGCGGUCGCGAGCGGAGACGGUGA